CAAGAGCAGCGCGCUCGCUCCAGCGUCUCCCGCAGCACUCCUCGGUGCGGACGCGCGUCCUUGCCCGUCAACUGCAGGCUGCGCCCGGUCUGGCGGCUCCCCUGUAGAACGCCGAGGUCGGAGCCUCCCUGCACAGGCGGCGAGGGCAGGGGAGCGCUAGGGUCGCCCUGAGAGAAGAAGGCAGCCUGCAGACGCGGCUUCUCCCCGCCCUGCCCUCGCUUUCCUCCCGGCACAGCCCUCUGCCGAGCCAGGCGCAUCAUGUCUACGGGAGGCGAUUUCGGGAACCCACUUAGGAAAUUCAAAUUGGUAUUCCUGGGGGAGCAAAGCGUUGGGAAGACAUCCCUGAUCACAAGGUUCAUGUAUGACAGUUUUGACAACACAUACCAGGCUACAAUUGGAAUUGACUUCCUAUCUAAAACCAUGUAUUUGGAAGAUCGGACAGUGCGGUUGCAGCUUUGGGACACAGCAGGCCAAGAGAGAUUCCGAAGUUUGAUUCCCAGUUACAUUCGUGACUCUACAGUAGCCGUGGUGGUUUAUGACAUCACAAAUCUCAAUUCAUUCCAACAAACUUCCAAAUGGAUUGAUGAUGUCAGAACAGAAAGAGGAAGUGAUGUCAUCAUUAUGUUAGUGGGCAACAAGACAGACCUUGCAGAUAAAAGGCAGAUUACCAUUGAAGAAGGGGAACAGAAAGCUAAAGAACUGAAUGUCAUGUUUAUUGAGACAAGUGCAAAAACAGGAUACAAUGUAAAACAGCUCUUCCGACGUGUUGCCUCAGCCCUACCAGGGAUGGAGAGUGUUCAAGAGAAGAGUAAAGAAGGGAUGAUUGACAUUAAAUUGGAUAAACCACAGGAACCACCGGCUAGUGAAGGAGGGUGUUCUUGUUAAUGCAAAGUGCAGGAUUUGUCAGCUUCAUUUGACACCACGCUUGUUGUGUUGCUUCCUAUUGGUUAGCUUCCUAAAAAUACAAAUUGAGUUAUUGGAUGGGGAGGAUUUCUUUUCUCUCAGUGCCUCUCCAGGGCAGGGAGGGCGCGGGUGGGUGGGCAAGCUCAGACUACACAAAUCAACAGCUGGCUCUAGCCUUUUCUUUUUUGUUUUAUUUAGUUGUAAUAUAAUGUACUUUAUUAAAAAUGCCAAAACAAUUCAGAAUUUUCCACAAGACACUUUAAUCAUGUGUGUAUACAACUUUCAGUGAUGGGGACUUUUAUCCUUUUUGGGGUACUUUUUUUUAAAUUGUAUAUUUGUAAAAAAAUUAAAAGUCUCCAUCAAGUUGAGCUAAAAUUUGCAAAGAAAACCCCAAGAUUAUACAGGCUGCCUAAUUUCAGGGUUUAACAUAUUAGCUGUAAAUGCAUCUUGUAGUAACUUAAUACCUGAUUUAGUUCACUGAACAUUACCAUUUAUACACCAGUGACAGCAUAGUCAAUCCUGUUGCAACUAUUAUGACAUAAUACAAAGUGUCUGAUUCUGUAGCUAUAUCGGGGUGGAAGAGCAAGCUAUAAGUGAAUGCUAAUUCACAAGAGUGGCAGUCUUUCUCCAUGAUACACCCCAUCCUCAAAGAAAAAAACUUGGCACACACUGUGGUGCAUGUACAGCUUCCCAUCCCCCAUCAUAUUUUAAUAAUAUCAGAAAUGUUUUAAGGUCUUCACUUAUGUCACAUAAUCCAGGUGUGUGACUUUUUAAAACUAAUGGAAGCCUUAGAACAUAUGUGUAAUAGAGUGUACAUGGGAAACCAGGGACUCUGCUGUCUAUUUACAAGCAUGGUUUGGAUCAGGAGACUGGGUUAGCUUUUAUUCCCUGAAUAAACCACUAUAAUCAGUAAUGGCGCCAUAAAAUUUAGGUUGAAAAAGUUAUGUUUCUCCUUUCCACUCCCCAAAUAUUCUUAUGCAGUGCUUUCAAUUGUUAAAAGUAGAUUCCUCUAAUGAAACAAUUCAAAAUAGUUGCCAAAUUUCAACAGGACUGUUAACUACUAUAACUUCAAAAAAAUUACCCCUUAAGAUCACCUGAUUUUAACCCACAGGACUAUUCAAGGUGGUUUAUUAUUAUUAUGAGUGAUAGUAAUUUCUGCAUGAACGAACAAAGAUUGAGAGAGAAUAAAGGGUCUGUCUCCAUAGAUUACCUUGGCAAUGAUGAAGCGAUAAUGUAUUUAAUUUUUGUAUACAUGUGUAUGCAUGUCUUAUAGUGACAUAAAACAUACAUUAACACACAGAGCUGUGUAGAGGUGUAUGUAUGCACACCCAUGCACAAUAUAGAUGCUUGGUUUCACCUACUAUUACGGUUGAGAGUGCAGCCAACAAUCAUUGUAAAAAAUUAUAGUUGCUGCAGUGCGUGAGUCUAGAAAGUCUUUGUUAAUUGUUGGGGAAAAGUGUGAUUUGUCAUGUCUUCAAUAAACGAAACUCAGAUACAUGUGAAACUAGAAAAAAAGUACACAAAGACAUAUC